AUGGCUCGCUCUCAGAGCUCGUGGGCCUUGAGCGUCGGCCUGAUCGCCUGGAUCGGCCUGCUCUUCUGCGCUCCUCUCUUCUUCGCAUCGACAGUUCGCGCCGAUGAUGUCUCAGAAUACGGCACCGUCAUUGGUAUUGAUUUGGGUACUACAUACUCCUGCGUUGGUGUGAUGCGCAAGGGCAACGUUGAGAUUCUCGUCAACGACCAAGGAAACCGUAUCACCCCGUCUUACGUCGCCUACACCGAUGAGGAGCGUCUGGUCGGAGAUGCCGCCAAACAGCAGGCGGCUGCCAACCCCACCAACACCAUCUACGAUAUCAAGCGUCUGAUUGGCCGCAAGUACGAGGAGAAGGACCUCCAGAACGAUAUCAAGCACUUCCCCUUCAAGGUCAAGAACAAGAAUGGCAAGCCCGUUGUCCAGGUCCAGUCCGCUGGUGAGGACAAGACCUUUACCCCCGAGGAGAUCUCUGCCGUCAUUCUCGGAAAGAUGAAGGAGGUCGCCGAGUCCUACUUGGGCAAGAAGGUCACCCACGCCGUUGUCACCGUCCCCGCCUACUUCAACGACAACCAGCGCCAGGCCACCAAGGAUGCCGGUAUCAUUGCCGGUCUCAACGUCCUCCGUAUCGUCAACGAGCCCACUGCGGCCGCCAUUGCCUACGGUCUGGACAAGACCGACUCCGAGCGCCACAUCAUCGUCUACGAUCUUGGUGGUGGUACCUUCGAUGUCUCCCUGCUCUCCAUCGACCAGGGUGUCUUCGAGGUCCUGGCUACCGCUGGUGACACCCACUUGGGUGGUGAGGAUUUCGAUCAGCGCAUCAUCAACCACUUCGCCAAGUCCUACAACAAGAAGAACAGCGUCGACAUCACCAAGGACCUCAAGGCCAUGGGUAAGCUCAAGCGUGAGGCCGAGAAGGCCAAGCGAACUCUAUCUUCCCAGGGUACCGCUCGCAUCGAGAUCGAGGCUUUCUUCGAGGGCAAGGACUUCUCCGAGACCCUGACCCGCGCCAAGUUCGAGGAGCUCAACAUGGACCUCUUCAAGCGUACUCUCAAGCCCGUCAAGCAGGUUCUCGAGGACGCCAAGAUGAAGAAGGAGGAGAUCGACGACAUCGUCCUCGUCGGUGGUUCCACCCGUAUCCCCAAGGUCCAGGCUCUUCUCGAGGAGUUCUUCAGUGGCAAGAAGGCCAGCAAGGGUAUCAACCCUGAUGAGGCUGUCGCUUUCGGUGCUGCCGUCCAAGCUGGUGUUCUCUCCAACGAGGAGGGUACUGGUGACAUUGUCCUCAUGGACGUCAACCCGUUGACCCUCGGUAUCGAGACCACCGGUGGUGUCAUGACCAAGCUGAUCCCCCGCAACACCCCCAUCCCCACCAAGAAGAGCCAGAUCUUCUCGACCGCCGCUGACAACCAGCCCGUCGUCCUGAUCCAGGUCUUCGAGGGUGAGCGUUCCAUGACCAAGGACAACAACCUUCUCGGCAAGUUCGAGCUUACUGGCAUUCCCCCGGCACCCCGUGGUGUUCCCCAGAUCGAGGUCGCUUUCGAGCUCGAUGCCAACGGUAUCCUCAGGGUUUCUGCCCACGACAAGGGAACUGGCAAGCAGGAGUCCAUCACCAUCACCAACGACAAGGGUCGCCUCACCACCGAGGAGAUCGAGCGUAUGGUUGCCGAGGCUGAGAAGUACGCCGAGGAGGACAAGGCUACCCGUGAGCGCAUUGAGGCCCGUAACGGUCUUGAGAACUAUGCCUUCAACCUGAAGAACCAGGUCAACGACGAGGAUGGUCUUGGUGGCAAGAUUGAUGACGAGGACAAGGAGACCAUCCUGGACGCUGUCAAGGAGGCUACCGAGUGGCUCGACGAGAACGGUGCCACUGCUACCGCUGAGGACUUCGAGGAGCAGAAGGAGAAGCUGUCCAACGUUGCCUACCCCAUCACCUCCAAGAUGUACCAGGGUGCAGGUGGCCCUGGCGGUGAGGAUGACGAGCCCGAAGGUCACGAUGAGUUGUAA